UGACUAAUGUCGCUGUUAUUUUACAAAAAUUCCAAACAUUCUAGCUAAAUGUAUCCAUUAUUGUUUCUUAAAAGUGUUGAUUCAUCUUUUAAUACUAGUCAGUAGCCAUCUCCUUCGAUAAUCAAUUAUUUUUCAAAUUAUUUUUUGAUUUCAGUAACUAUCGAUCCCAACACGAAAUUUAACUAUGAGCAAAACGGCGUCUUAUUCAGAUGAACAUCUGUCUGAAAUGCAAGAAGCUUUCCAACUUUUUGACAUUCGAGGGGAUAAUAAAAUUCACAUAUCACAAAUUGGUAAUGCCUUACGUGCUUUGGGACAAAAUCCAACUGAGUCAGAUGUCAAUAAGUUCACUCAGCAACAUAAAGCAGAUGAAAGAAUAACAUUUGAAGUUUUUCUACCAAUUUAUCAAGCCAUAUCUAAAAAUAGGUCAUCUAAUACUGCUGAAGAUUUUAAUGAAGGUCUACGUCAUUUUGAUAAAGAUGGUAACGGUUAUAUUUCAUCUGCUGAACUAAGACAUCUUCUUACUAGUUUAGGUGAAAAAUUAACUGAUGAUGAAGUUGAACAAUUGCUGGCUGGUCAAGAGGAUUCUCAAGGAAAUGUUCUUUAUGAAGAGUUUAUAAACAUGGUUAUGUCUGGUUAAUUUCUAAAAUUUCAUUAUGACCUUUAAAAAUUACCAUCAUUUUUUAUAUAUCACUUGUAUUUAAAUUAACAACUAUAAAAUAAUAUCUUAAAUGUAUUCAUAUAUUUUUCGUAAACAUUCUAUUACUAACCAUUGCUUUUAUUUGUUAGGUUAAAAUUAUUUUUAUUCAUAAUUACAUUCCAUUCAAA